UGUUGCAGAUACUCCUUAAAAACCCGGAAGGGGCCAGCGCAACCCGCUCCAACAGGAGCUGGAAAGUUUCGUGCUUCCCUUUCCAGUGAAGGGCGCGCAGGGCUGCAGCGCUCAUAGUUUGCAUAUUUGCUCUCUGCCCCCCUGCGACUAAUGGGGCUUAUUCCCGCGUGAAGCAGCAAUAACAGGGGCAUAAGCUAUUUGGGAGGAAGUUCUGUGGAAAUCGGGGACGCUUAUUUCUGAGUGAACACUGAUAAGGUCGGGCUUUAAGUUACAUUAUUAAGUGGCUGCGUGAUGUGCAUUUACUAGAGGAGAGGCUAAGUACACUUACUCCUGAGGAAGUGGGUGCAAGAGUGAGUAGUAAUGCUUGACUUAUGGAGCAGGAAAGGAGGGAGUCUUAAUGGAAUCGUUGACAUCCUCCCACGCUCGAUGCUCCCCAAUUUUAGUCAAGUUGUUCUCCUGCCCCCCAUAGCCUUCAAAAAAAGUAGCUUUGGGGGCUGAUUACAGUGUAAGUGGGUGAAACCCACUGCCCUGCUAUUACCUGAGUACUGUUGGGCUGUUUGAGUUAAAUGCAGGACCCCAUGUUCCUGUUUAGUUUUCUCUCCAGAAAACAAAUUAUUCCGGUGCUGCAGGUUCUGCCUUCUUUUCAUGAGGAAAAACAACAACAGACAAAGCCAAAGCCACCAUGGAUGUAAAGUGUUCCCAACUUCUGCCUUCCGUAUCUACGGUUCUGGCUGACCCAAGACACCCCCUUUCGGAUGACACUUGUUUGGAAAAGCUGCUGGAUUGGUUUAAGUCUCUGAUUAACGCUGGAUCCAGCCUGCUGCUGUUACAGGAAAAUCCAUGUUUGACAGAGCUCAUCCUUGCAGUGCUCAGAGAAGAGGAACCAAAUCCUACCAUACUUUCCUUUGUCCUGAGGCUCACCGGGAUAUUUGCUGCCUCUGAAAGCAGUUUCCAGCACCUGCAGAGGGAAGUGGUGUUUGGCGCCUUUGGAGAAGCAGGCCCUCUCAGCAGUGCAUUGUGGGAAGACAUGUCCAUCCGGAGUGGAUGGGUACAGGGUGUUCACAGUAUGCUGCAGCAUUUCAGUGCUUUCCAGUUCUUGUGCAACUCAGGAUCCCUAGACGUGAUUUUCACUCUUCAGGGAGACCGUAGCCUAUUCAUUGCUUCAGGAGCCAAUCGGCUUCUUGCUUGCGUGCUCAUCUUCUCCGUGCAAUCUGAACCAUCUCGCCUCCUUAGCUCGAAGGACUGCGAUUGGCCAGCCUGCGCUCGGAUGAUAGUAGCUCGUGUCGAAGAAUCCCUUAAAUCCCACUCUGCCGUCCGUGUCAAACAUUCCUUGAAACUGCUAACAACGUUGUUUGAGCAUAACCAAGAUGCAUGGACUGAAAUACUUUGGUCGCGGAUAGCAGAAACAGUUGAAUCCCUUCUGAGAGAGGAGUCGGUCCAAGCCGGACACUCGCUGGUGGACCUGUUCCUUAGUAUGGCAAGGUCUUCUGCCUUUAGCUGCCCCGAAUGCAGCCUCUGGAAGCUGGUAACGCUUGCCCUGAAGAACAUCAUCCUCACUCAGUCUGGCCCUUUGGCACUGGGACUCCUGAAACUGGAGGCAUGCCCACAGGCAAUCCAGAUGCAAGGUCUGAAUAUUUUGCUCCAGCCAAUGGGCUGUGUCUUUAGAGCCGCUUCUCACUCCUUAGAAUCCCCAGGUUUUCUGGCUGGGCCCUCUCCUGGGGCUGCCUCCGUGGAGUCCCUUCUGUCCUCCAGGGCUUCAUGCAUCAGUCUGCUAUGUCAGACACUGGCUCACCUUGAAGAGAUCCAGCACUUGGCCUCCUUGCCAGUGGAAUUUCCUCAGCAGCCUUUGCUUCACUCUGUGGUGAUCAUGCUACAGUUCUGUGCUGGUCUUGCCAUUCCGGUCUCCUCCCUGGGAGCCACAAUCAGCAAAACCCUGAUUGGCUGCUUCAGAGUUCAGCGGGCGGCCCUCAGCCUCCUUGGGGCACUCUCUCUGUGGGCGACUUCAGUUUGUGAUGAAGCCAUGGAACAAAUCUUUGACGUUCUUCUCGUGUACUUAAAGAGCCCAGAUACCAGCCCCACUGUUUUGAAGAAGGCGUUCCAAGCAACGCUGAGGUGGCUGCUGAGCACCUUGGAACCAUCUGGCUCCGCCACUGACUUCCAGCGGCACAAACCGUUCCUUAGAGAGAUGUUGCCUGUCUUGCAGAAACGCAUCUGCAGCCCUAGCUGGGAAGUACGUGAUUCUGCCGUGGAGUAUCUCACGCAAGUGAUGAAGCAUCUGAGAGGGCAGGAGUGGUUUUGGCAAGAGCUGCUGCCUUCGGAAGUGCUGCCCCUUGCGGAGGGCCUCCUGGACGACCCAGAGAGCUACGUGCGAGCCAGCGCUGUGGAAGCCUUGGGGCAGUUUUCCUUAAUUGCCGGCACUGGCUUGAAGAGGCCUGGCUGGGACAGCAACAGGAGUAACAAAGCGGCCAACGUUGGCACCCGUUUGCUGGAAAUCUUGUCCACUGACUCCGAGGGCUUCCCUCGCAGAGCUGUGAUCGGUGUCUUCAUUGACUGGCUGCGGGAAGGUCACCCGGAUGUCCUGGCUGACCCUGAGCAGUUUGUUUCCAGAGUGAUCCAAGCUGUGAACAGAGACUUGGACUGGGAAGUCAAGGUUACCAGCUUGGAAUUGGCCAAUGUUUUUGUUGCCCAAACGUUUGGCCGGUUUGGGGUCACCGAAUGCCCAUACGCCGCUGACUCAUCAUCUGCCAGCCAGCCUGCCCAUCGUCUUGAAUUGCUGCAGGCAUUCUGCCGAGUGAAACUCUUUGAGUUUCUCUUUGGAGCCCUGCGCGACUGUGACAGGCCAGUAGCACUGAGAGCAUGCGAGAUCCUUUUAACUGUGAAAUCCAAGAUUUGCAAAGACAGCUGCCUGGAGGAGAGGAGGUUAGAGCUGGACAAUGCCGCUCAGCUGAAGGAGGAAACUCUGAGGGGGGAAGCAUCUCUGUGUGAUUUGACCCUUCUUAUAGACAAUUCUGCUAAAACUAUUUCCCAGGAUCCAAAGUGCCUGAUCCUGUUUUUAGAGACGAUGGACCUGGAGGGUUUGCAGAGAUCUUUAGACAGAAGCAGCGAUCACCUGGAGAAGAGCCCCCAGUCCCUCUUGGAGGAUAUCCUGUCUGCUGCAGGGAAUGCAGAAGAUAAUGAAGCAGACUGCUACUGAUGUGGGAGGGGUGAUACCCAACUAGCCUUACUUGAUCCUACAGCAUAAAAGGCCACAUUGCAAAAAUGCCUUCUUGCACAGAUGGACACUGUCGUGUGGGAGUUAGUAUAAAACCCAUGCAGAGAAAGCCAUUUGUAAUUCAAAUCCAAGAAUGGGAAAAAUCAAGGCGGAGUUAAAUCUCACGAAAAAAAACCUGAGACACACCCCAGCCAGAACAAGUGACAAGUUUAUAAUAAAUGGGUCACUGUUAAAACUUGAUUUGUAAAAUCACCAAAAUCAGGGAUGGGGAACAUCUGUGGCCCUCCAGAUGUUGCAGGACAACAACUGUCAUCAUCCCUGAUCACUCCAACUUCUGGGGAGUCCCUGGCUCCCCAUCCCUCACCUAAAUGCAUAACGUGGUAGAUCCAUUUUGAAAUUCUAAGAAUGAGUUGCUCUUAAAAUCAGCACCACACAAUUAAUACAGUCAGUCAAUCCUUGGGAGCUGACACUGUCAAAACCUUCCAGUAUUGGCUGCAUGUGGCAGUUUUUAAUGAGCGAACUGUUAGUGGAAGAUACUGAGACGUUUCAGGGCAGAUCUACUGUUGGACUGCAUUUUGUACUUGUGUGUCCUGAGCGCACCAGGAGUCUUCUUUAGAGGUGUACAAUCCAAAUCUACAUAUGCUGAGAUUCAAUGUUUGAUUACAAAUGUCAAGUCGGGAAGCACUAUGCGUAACUGUAAUUUGCACAUAGGUUUCCAGGCUUUUCCUGUGGUCAAGCUCUUUAACUCAUAACUCAGUCCUUAGUCUUGAAAUAACCUUGUGUAAGUAUUGCAGCCAAGUCCAAUUGAGUUUUAGGCUUGUUUCUUGCUUGCAAGGGGAUUGGUGGACAGAGAAAGAUUUGUCUCAUUACCAAUAAUUUUUUAAAAAAAAUUGCAGCUGGAUUUUGUUAACCUGAGACUGGAUGGCUUGUCUAAGCAUGCGCCAAACCUUACUUUCCUUUGUUAAGACAGUAAGAUCUUUCAAGAUGUUUUGGGGAGGGACAUGCACAUGCUUUGUAUGUAGAAGGUCCCAUGUUCAAUCCUUGCCAUCUCCAGGUACGGCUGAGAGAGACCCGUCUGACAAACUUGAAGAGCUGCUGCCAGUCAGUGUAGACAAAACUGAGCUAGAUGGACCAAUAGCCUGAGACCCUGGGAAUUAGUGUCUGGGUGCUGCAACAAGACUCUUUAAAAGCUGGGGGAGGGGAGGAUAUGGAGGGGGUACUGUUUGCACUGUUACAACUAUCAUAAAUACACAUUCACAAGUAGCAGCAUGGGCUGUGCUUGCUUUGGCAGCACAUAUGCUCGCCACUAAAGCGAGGCCACCACCGUGAACGUCCCGUUUUGCACUGGUUCCUGUAAGGAGUAUCGACUGCCAGGGUACCAUUGCAGGGGUUUGUACCUCUCUUGUGUGGACGUCCCGUUCAGAAGCACUAAAAUGGGAUGCUUCUUUCUCUCCUCUGUGUUUACGGCGUCUUUUGAGCUGCACUUUUAAAAAAAAAUAGUGCUUUAUGCCUUAAAAAUGAAAACCACACAUAAAUGCAAGACAUAGUUGCUAAGUGACCGUGCACAGUGUUUGUAUAGAGCUGCUGCAUUUCCCCAAGUGCAUAAACACUACAAGGCUGAUAUUGUUAAAUCUUGUUUCUCACUUAGGAAUACGUAGCAGGUGUGGGGAUGUCCGUGACUGACUGUGGGCCUUCUACACACAAGCAGGUGCUUUGCCCACAGAGCUACAGCCCCUCUCCAAGGUGGAAGAGUUGAGGUUAUUGUUAAAGCAUGACUGGGGAGCCUGUGGCCUUCCAAAGGACUCCAUCUCCCAUUGUCUCUGGGUCAGAAUGAUGGGCGCUGGAAUCUGACAGCGUCAUCUAGAUCAGCCUUUGCCAACCUGGUGCCUUCCAGAUGUUUUGGACUACUGCCUGGGGCUGAUGGGAGUUCAGCCUAGGGGGUCACAGCUGGUUGUCCAAAGCUGUUAGCCACAACAGCUAAAUGGAACCUUUAUGUGUACUAAAUUCUGGGAGCAGGCAAAAGGCAUGGGGUGCUGCCACCUUUGCUCCUGACUCGUGAGCUUCCAGAUACAUCUGUCUGCUGUUGGAAACAGAAUGCUGAGCUUGACAGAUGGAGCUUUGUCUGAUUGGUUAUGAGUUUGUAUGUGUGUGUAUUUUAA